CAAUAUUAAUCAUCGAAGUAGUAUUCUUGUACUAAUCCUAUUGCCUACCUUGUUUAGGACAAUGACGCCAUUUUGUUGCGCCGGCUGAUCGAAAUUAAGAUGAUAAAAUAGUUAUAUUUGAGUUCCUUGUGUUAUUAAUUGAUAAUUACUUGAGCUUUGAAAAUCUUGUAAUCAAGGCUCCGCCUGCGACAAAAUUUGCAUGUAACGUAUUGCGCAUAUUGACGAUGUGAAUAUAUUGAUUAAAGUGUUCUUUACCGCAAAUAUGAACACAAUCUGAGUGUAAUUUGCGUUUUUCGGUAUUUCAAUAAGACAGGAAAUGAUUAGAGUUAUGUUAUAAUAAUGACAAUAUCAAUGAAGGAACAAGACCAGAUGCCCGGGGAGAUGGCAUUCCCCGAGGCUAAGUUGAAAGCGCUAGAAGAAAAAAUUUCCCAUCCACGUUGGGUAGUACCAGUUUUGCCUGAACAAGAGCUUGAAGCCCUUUUAAUUGCAUCUAUGGAAUUAGCAACAAAAGGUGAAGAUGUCAAUAAUCCACACUGUCAGCGGUUUUAUAAUGAUGCCCUCACAGUAUCAUUUACAAAGAUUUUAACAGAUGAUGCAGUUUCAUCCUGGAAAAAUAAUAUUCAGCAAUGUGUGCGAUCAAAUUGUGAAAAGCUUGUUAAAUUAUGUGCCAUGAAAUUGGAUGAUCCGAGAUUUUUACAUCUUUUAUAUAUGGUCUUUAAUCCAGGAAACAAAUUUCAUACAUUUAAUGCAUCAAGAACUUGUGAAGGCUUGUCUAUUUCUAAUACUUCUACAACCGGGGGCCAAGGCUCAACUCAGGAAUCUGAAGUAUUUGCCAGGUCACAAGACCAUCGUACACCAAGAGGAUGGCUGGUCCAUCUUAUUAAUGUGUUUGGCCAGGCUGGUGGUUUUGUUAAGCUUAGAGAAAGGUUUGAAUCAAUUAUGGGUUUUAAAAAAUCUGAUUUAACUACUUCUGUAAUUAGUGAAGAGAAAAUUUCAAAUGAAAUAACAGAGAAAGAAAGUGAGGAAAAUGUAGUAAAUGUUACAGAAAACAUGUCAUCCAUGACUGAUAGUAUUGAGAGCUCUACAACACGCAAUGAGCAGCCAUCAUCAUUAGAGCAGCCUACAAGCGGAGAGACUCGCGUCGCUGCUGUGUGGCAACUUUUGCGUCCUUUGGGUCUUUGCCAUGACCUUCUAACACCUCACACAGUUACUGUGUACCUCUUACCAGUUCUGGAAUGUAUUCCAACUCUGCUAGAAAGUCUUACAGAUGAUGAGUUAAAAAGAGAAGCGCGUGGCAGCGAGAAUAAGACAGACACUGUGUCCUGUUUGAUUAGAGCAUGCAAAUGUGUUUCUGUUAAGACACCUCAACAUCACAGUCUACUUAAAUCAUUAGAAAUGUUCCGUUUGAAGAUGAUCCUGCGAUUGUUACAAAUGUCAUCAUUCAAUGGAAAAAUGUCUGCUUUGAAUGAAAUUAAUCAACUCAUAAGUACAAUCUCACAACAGCCUAAACCUGAGUGGCUCACACCUGCGGUUAUUACGAAUUGGAUACGCGAGAAUAAAGUAGUAGAUAUAGUUUUACGAGAUUCUCUUCACCAGCCUCAGUAUGUGGACAGGCUGGAGAAAAUGCUUAGGUUUAUGAUCAAAGAGAACUCGCUGACUCGGGAAGACUUGGACGCCAUAUGGCGAGCUCAGCAAGGGAAGCAUGAGGCAAUAGUGAAAAAUCUUCACGACUUGCUCGCAAAAUUGGCGUGGGACUUCACACCGGAUCAGUUAGAUCAUUUAUUUGAUUGUUUUAAGGCAAGCUGGGCCACAUCGAGUAAGAAACAAAGUGAUAAAUUAUUAGAAGUAAUUCGACGUCUAGCAGAAGAUGACAAGGAUGGCGUAAUGGCUAACAAAGUACUGGUAUUAUUUUGGAAUUUGGCGCACUCAGACGAAGUAUGUACAGAAAUAAUGGAUGUGGCGCUGGCAAACUUAAUUAAAAUACUUGAUUAUAGCUGCAGUCAGGAUCGCGAUGCUCAAAAAACUUUAUGGCUAGACAAAUGCGUGGAGGAGCUGAAGAGCAACGACAAGUGGGUGUUGCCAGCGUUGAAGAUGAUGCGUGAGAUUUGCUGCCUGUACGAGGCGGGGGGCGGCUCGGGCGUGCGGCCUCACGUCACGCGCCAGGAACUCAUCGACCGACUGCAGACGCAGCACUCGCUCGUCAUUCUCGUCACUGACUCACUGACGCUGUAUAUGGACGCUGUUCGGAGAAAGCUGGCUGAAGAGGGAGAAAUAGAUUGGGAGAAUUGGCUGCCAGACGGGAGAUACCCACACUCGGCGCAGGUUCAUGAGCGCCUUAGCUUCCUUAGGUUUCUGCUGAAAGAUGGACAGUUAUGGCUGUGUGCUGAACAAGCGAAACAAAUUUGGAUAUGCCUGGCUGAAAGGCCGGCACACCUUGGUGACCGGGAAGCGUGUUUUCGUUGGUUUAGCAAACUAAUGGGGGAGGAGCCAGACUUAGAUCCAAAUAUAAAUCUGCAUUUUUUUCGACGAAACAUUAUGACACUGUCCCCAAAUCUUUUGACUCACUCGGGUAUCAAAUGUUUCGAGAGAUUUUUUAAAGCUGUUAAUGCCAAAGAAGGCAAACUUAAGGUUAAACGUCGUAGUUUUUUACUUAAUGAUGCUGAUCUCAUAGGAUUAGAUUAUUUAUGGAGGGUAAUAACAGAAUGCGAUGACGACAUAUCCACGCGCGGCAUCGAGCUACUGAAGGAGGUGUGCACGUGCACGGGCCCGGCGCUGUCGCCCGCGCAGCACCACGAGGGCUUCCUCACCAAGUGCUGUGCGCGCACGCAGCGCCUGCAGAAGGACAUGGAGCUGCAGCAGGAUACGACGGAAUGUUGUACUCGCAUGUGUAGAGUAAUUCGUGCCAUACAGGAAUAUAUAAACGAAUGUGAUAGGAAGUUCACAUCGGAGCGACAAAUACUUCCAAUUUAUAGGUCAGGAAGAGGAAGGCAAUGUACUAUAAUAGUGAGAUUUAAUUUUCAAACAGGCCAAAGACAACUUGAUGACAUAGAACUAUUUUCACACUCAAACGAGACGCUACAUUCAUUACGUACGGCCAUUCAGAGAAGUUUACUUUAUUCUUCUAGAUUAAAAUGUACAACUGACAGCAACAUUAAGUUAGAAAUGUAUGUGAAUAAGCUAGAACUAUAUGUAAACGGAGAACUAUUGGACACAAGCCACGACCGCAAAAUACUCUCACAAAUACCUCUUAGGGACAAAACUGUGAUCAUGGCAAAGGUAUAUGACGGACAAGUGUGCGGAAGUGGAGGUUGUGGGUCUUCUAAUGAAUCAAGCAGUGACUCUAGCACCUCAUCACCCCCUAUACCGCCUACUCCGGAGCAUGCGUUGCCGGGCGCCCUUUUCGCCCAAGGCUCGUGGUAUAUUCCUUUCAUUUUAGAGUUAGAACACAUAGGUAUUACGAAAGGUCAUGCGCCGUUGACUGAAGCGGCGCAUCUUUUAUCACAAAUCUGCCCUAGUCAUAAACAAACGGUGGAUAAAUUGACAGAAGCACUUCUUAGUGCCGAGGAUACCAAGUUAAGAGACAUGCUUUAUGGACCUGCACCACCCACCGUUGCAUAUAGUAUAGAGGUUCUAUAUAGCAUGGUGAUGCCGUCCUCCGACUCAAGAUUAGAACGAAACCGAAGUUUUCAGUUACAAUGUGUGAAAAAAGCACCACUUUUAGUACAAUGCUUAUCUGAUAGCGAGUUCUUGAAGGAUGCUGCUCCACACACCAGAAGAGUUGGCUAUUUAGCCUUAGUGAGAUUAGUCAAGUUGGCUCUGUAUACUUUAGGACAUCUUUUUGAAAUCCUCGCCCCAGAUGGCUCUGACACAACUGUUGACAAAGAAUUUCGGAUGGAUGUAACAAUAUUGCGGGAAGCACUACAAACAGUUCCUAAUCACAAUUGCGAGCUUAUCGUCAAAGCCAUAGCCGAGAAAUUGGCAAAUACAUUAGGAGAGCAGAUGGUAACAAGUAGUGAGGACAGCGAUUCAGUUUCUACACUGGUAUGGUGGCGCGUGCCCACUACAGCUACGGUGCGCGCUCUCUAUGGCCUCGCCUACUCUGUGGCACAGCCUUCUGAACACAAUGGUCUAGUGCAUUCCGAUGACGUCAUUUUGGUGCGGGAAUGCAUGGAAGUCGUCACAAUAUGCAUGGCUUUGGGAGGUGGCCAUUUAGAAUCUCUUCUUCAUGAAACCUGGUGGCAAGAUGCUGUGAUGUACUUAAUGAUCGACUGCCCUAAUCCUCCGGUGAGAGUAUCGUGCGCGGAGCAGCUGCUAGCGAUGUGCGCGUGGGGCGGCGGGGGAGCCGCGCGCGGCGCGCUCACGGCGCUGGGCGGCGCGGGCGGCGCGGCGUCCAACGCGCGCCUCACGCGCUACGCGCGCCACGCGCAGCAGUUCCUGCAGCUGCUGUGUCGCCUCGUGGCGCUGGCCGGCCCUACCUCGCGCACCUUAGACGACUUGACUAUAGAGGUUGAAUGGCUUCGAGCGGUCAAAGCUAACCCUGCAACAUUGGACGACACAUUAAUGGAAGGCCAUUUGAACCUGACCAAAGAACUUUUCACACAUGUUCCAGUACAAGUUAAAUUUCAAUAUGGUGCUCAUCCUGACCAUAAGGACUCAGGACUGAUCAAGGAAGUGACGACGGAGUUCCUGUGGCCGUACUCGUGGGCGUGGUGCCGCAUGGGCGCGGAGGGCGAGGGCGCGGCGGCGGGCGGCGACGCGGAGGAGGGCGCGGCGCCGCUGUGCCGCACGCCGGGCGCCGCAGCCGCCGCCACCGACCUGCUACUGGCGCUGGUGCACGCCUGCGUGCCCAACAUGGCCGAGCUCGCUAACCUCCUCGACCAGAUGUUCUAUAGCGACAAAAGCAUGGGUCUCUCGGAGUGGGAAUACAUGCCGUGCGUGGGCCCGCGGCACCCGGCCGGGCUGGUGGGCCUGAAGAAUGCGGGAGCCACGUGCUAUAUGAACUCGGUGUUACAGCAACUGUACUGCGUACGCGCCGUAAGGGACGUCCUACUCACCGUGCAAGGAGCUGCAACAGAUCCCAAUGAAGAUUUUUCCGGAGAGGCUCACCAUCACAACAUAAUAGAGAACAACAUUGAGAACAAUUCUGAUUACAAUAUCACAAUAUUGAAGCAAGUUCAGGCUAUAUUCGCACAUUUACAUUACAGUAAACUACAAUACUAUGUUCCUAGAGGACUAUGGGCACAUUUUAAGUUACAAGGAGAACCAGUGAAUUUAAGAGAACAACAGGAUGCAGUAGAAUUUUUUAUGUCAUUAGUAGAAUCUCUAGACGAAGCCUUGAAGACUUUAGGGCAAGAACAAUUAAUGGCUAAAACUAUGGGGGGGACCUAUUCUGAUCAAAAAAUCUGCAAAGGGUGUCCACAUCGGUAUUGCAAAGAAGAACCUUUCAGUGUGGUAUCUUUAGAUAUUAGAAACAUGUCUCGGUUGCAAGAAUCCUUGGAGGCCUAUGUCCGUGGAGAGCUUUUAGAAGGUGCUGAUGCAUAUUACUGCGAUAAAUGUAGCAAAAAGGUGGUGACGGUAAAGCGCUUAUGUCUGAACAAAUUGCCCCCGGUUUUGGUUAUACAGUUGAAGAGAUUUGAAUAUGACUUUGAAAAAGUGUGUGCUAUAAAGUUUAACGAUUACUUCGAAUUUCCCCGGGAACUGGAUGUUGAACCAUACACAGCUUGGGGUCUGGCGCGGGCGGAGGGGGACUCCACGCUGUGGGAGGGCGGCGCCGAGCGCACGCCCGAGACGCACUACCAGCUCAGCGGCAUCGUCGUGCACUCCGGGCAGGCGUCCGGGGGACACUACUACUCCUAUGUUCUGCUCAGGGACAAUGGAAGCGAAACUGGCCGAUGGGUGAAGUUGGAUGACGGCGACGUAUCCGAGUGCGCGAUGCAUGACGACGAGGAAAUGAAGGCGCAAUGCUUUGGCGGGGAAUACAUGGGCGAGGUGUUUGAUUCAACUGUAAAGAGAGUGUCGUACAAGCGACAGAAGAGAUGGUGGAAUGCUUACAUGCUCUUCUACACACGCAAAGACACAAUCGAAACGUCUGGUCUCGAACAAAUUAUGCAAAAUGUGACCCUAAAGGAAAGCGCUGUUCCAAGGCCUAUCUGGAAUUCGGUUCGGCGAGGCAAUAUAGCAUUCUCACACAAUCAGGACCAAUUCAGUGUGGAGCAUUUUAAUUUUAUGAAGAAAUUGUGUUGUAUACGACUGCAAGUAUUGCCUGGAUCUCAAAACGCAGUUUGGGGACCUGAACAUGAAGAGAUGUCGAUGCUAGCCAUACAAUUAGCUACAAAAUUUUUGUUCCAAGUCGGAUUCCACACGAAGAAAUCAUUACGUGGUCCAGCCUCGGACUGGCAUGACAUUCUAUGUCAGCAUUUACGAUGUUCUCAAGCUGUCAGGGCCUGGUUCGCCACUGAUCUCUUUAAACAUUCUCAUAGGUUAUGUGACUAUCUACUCUCCUGUCCCUGUGCUGAAAUUAGAAUGGUGUUUAUGAAAGUAAUAGUCUUUGUGGCACAUUUCUCUGUACAAGAUCCACCAGUUAGUAACGGUUACGGGUCGUGGUGCUCGCGCGACGAGGUGUCGUCGCUGUCGGACCAGCUGCUGUGCAGCGCGCGCGCGCUGGCCGUGCCGCAGCAGCACCACCACCACGCCGACCACCGCCACCUGCCGCUGCUGUUCAACCUCUUCCACGCCUACGCGCUGCUCGGCCUGCCGGAGAGACAUCAGCUGCUGCGGCUCAAAAUCUUGGAUAUCUUGUUAUCGGUAUGCUUGGAUGACUCUUCUUCGUCACUUGGAAAAUAUCAAUAUCCAGAUUCUGCUAAAUUACAUCAGGUACCAUAUCCAGAUUCUGCUAAAUUGCAUCAGGUGGUUUGCGCGCUGGUGCGAUGCUGCGACGUGAGCUCGCGCUGCCAGUCGGCCACCGCCAGCGAGGGCGCGCUGCCGCUGCCCAACCCGUACGGCGACCCGCCGCAGAGCCUCGGCCAACUCGUCGCCCGGCCCGUCAUCUCUCCCACCGCCGCUGACGUGCUCUACAACAGGACAGGGUCAUACAUGAAGAAACUAACAGAAGAGUGUUGCGGAUGCGAAGAAGGAAUAAGACUGCUACAGUUUCUGUGCUGGGAGCAUGCCGGCUGGUCGCGUAUGGCUUUGGCCGAGCUCUUGUGGCAGAUGGCCUACGCCUUCUGCCACGAGCUGCGGCGCCACUCCGAUGCCCUCACGGCUCUGCUGUUGAUGGAAGACAGCUGGCAACACCACAGGAUACAUAAUGCUAUCAAGGGAGUGUCGGAGGAACGGCCGGGGCUGCUGGAGACGGCACUGCGCGCGCGCGGCCACUACCAGAAGCGUGCGUAUGCGUGCGUGAAGCUAGUGGUGGGCGUGAUGUGCCGCACGCCGCUCGCCGUGCGCGCCGUGCACGCGCAGCCAGACGCGCGGCGGCGCUGGCGCCAGCUCCUCGCCUGGCUGCAGGACGAGCUCGAUCGCAAGUAUGGCCCAGGAGGUUACAGUUCCUACGGCACGUGGUCACCGCCCACCAUCUCCAACGAGUCCACCAGUGGAUAUUUCCUUGAGCGAAGUAACUCCGCGCGGAAGACGCUGGAAAAGGCGUACCAGCUGUGCCCGGAGGAGGAGGAAGAGGAGGAGGAAGCGCGCGACGCAGGCUCGGGCUCGGGCUCGGGCGACGCGGGCGACGACAGCGCCGACGACGAUGCGCCCGACGAUGACGAGCCCGCGCCGCGCCGCCUCGCGCUGGCGCCGCCCGCGCCACCCGACCCGCCCGCACCGCCCGCCCCGCCCGCGCCGCCCGCUCCGCCCGCGCCCUAGUCCGCCUCACGACCCUUUGUGUUUCGCCCCAAGUUUAGUGCGAGGCGCCGCCGCCUAGCCGUAGUUUUGUUCUGUGAUGUUAACGAUACGUGUACACUAGCUCGGUCGCGCGCCUCCGUCGACGCGACGCUUAAUUUUAUGUAACUAUGUUCCGCUUUAAAAGUACCAUAGUAUUUAUUUUUUCUGACUAAGACUUAUUCUAUUCGUUAGGAGAAUUUAUUUUCUAUCUACGCAUAGUAUAUGUAUAUUUAAUAUUUUAUUGUUGUAAGGGAUUAAAGUGUUCGGUCGACCCCGCUUAUUAUUGUCGAAUGAUACUCAUAGAGAGUAAAAAUUCACAGGUUUUAAAUAAAUUUUAGCCUACUAUUACGCAAUCGAGGGGUCACUAAUUAGCACUGCGUGUUGUUGUGCGCGUGGAAGCACGUGAAAAUAGUCGGUCGAACGACAGUCGGUAAUGUGCGUCUUAUAUUAUCAUACAGUGUGAAUUCAAUCGAAGAUCUUCACCAUGAAUCCUCAAACGAAUUUCAAAAUCUAUUUUUAAGCAUACACCGCACGGUGGUGUAAAUAAAAAGUUAUAACAAAUGUACAAUUAAUGUAAUUAGCCUUAUCUGUGCAUAUAAUUUUGCGCAUUUGCGUGGCAUUACAUGACAAUAUUUUUAAACAAACAUUAAUUGCUUCAUUAUCAAGUUUGAUAGUCGAAGUCUGUAGCAAAGUAUAUCUCUGUAUAAAUUUAGAUAGUAUUUGACUUUAAUUGUUUUAUUGUUCACUUUUCUUUUAAGUCAGUGUUGAUAAAUUCAUUAAGGUAAGUACUUGUGACAGCAUUAAAUAAGAAACGAUUUUUUAAAACGCGUCGGUUUUUAUUUAUUCAAAACAUUUUGCCCUUUUACGAUCCGCACUCUGCGAUGACGUACCACUCUUUUAUUAUUUUGCUACAAAUUAUUGCCUUUUCUUGCUGUUGUCACCAAAAGAGCGUUUCCACGGUAUCCAAUGUCCGAUUUCAUACCGGUCUCAUUUCUGAGCAUCAUUUUUCCGUAGCACGCGAAUAUUUUAACAUAUAGGUUUAUUGCGUAACUUUUUUUUAUGCACAAUAGUUUUUGAUUUAUCGUGCAAAAUGACGAAAAAAAUACCCGAGUACGGAACCCUCGGUGCGCGAAUCCGACACGCACUUGGCCGGUUUUUUUAGUACUUAAAAAAACAAAACGGGCUGAUUGAGAACCACCUCCUUUAUGGAAGUCGGUUAAAAAAAGCGGUGCUUACGGCAUCUCUCAUAACAAGAUCGGGAUAAAUGGUAUAAUGAUAUUAUUAUGUCAUCGUUCAGACUUUGAACCUGUGCACUAAAUAAAUGUGUAAAUGUCUUAUCUAAAAAACAUUUACUUUUUGACUAAUUUCUGCUGUCUUACAUGAAAUAGAGUCGAUGAGAUAUUUUUAUGUAUAACUCACGCUUGACCGAUAAAUUGACUAUGCCAAAAUUGUUUUCGCAAUAAUGAAAAUUACCGAACACAUAUCAAACUAACUGACAAACCGAGAGGUGCCAAAGCAAGUUGAUAAAAAAGUGGUUUCUAAGACAGUUUGCCUGUAUCUCCUAUGGUUUUGAAUUUUACUUUAGCGCCCCAGUUAAAAAAACACACUGUAUAAUAAUAUAAUGAAUAUCACUCACGAUAGUUUAGUAAUGCUAUUUAAAAUUUUUACCAAAUUGUGCACAGUAUGCUAGUGCUUAAAAAUACUUUUGAAAUUCGUAUUAUCAAAUCCGAAUCAUAAAUUAUGUAAUUAUGUCCACGUCUCGACUCAUGAGUUGUUAGUAGUUGAUUAUAAAUUUUGCUAAACAGGUGAAAUUACUUUUGCUUUACUUUAUUUUAAUUUACAACAUAUUUACUCAUUUCGUCAUAUUAAGUAAUGCAAAAUUUAUUUAGAAUUAACCUAUUAGUUAUUAUUACUGACUGCACAUACAACUUAUGGUUAAGGCCAGAUUGUACAAUUUUGGCCUAAUAGCACUAUGCGUUUUACGCAAAAGUUUUUAUGACUUUAUUGCUAGCUUUAUAAUACAUCGUAACAAAAGCAUGUAGAGAGUGUAGAUAUUAUAGAGGUAUUAAACACUAGUCUAACAGGAAAAUGUUGCCACGUCAAUGUUCUGCUUUGUAUUAUAUGUUAUUUAUUUUUAUAUUCCAUAGAGGUUGUAUAUUUUUUUCUUUCUUUAUAGUGGUUAAUAAGUGGCGUCACUCAGGCUAUCAGGGAAAUGUGUGAAUUUGGUGUGGUCAACUUGUAUUAUAUAAAUACGCUAUAAUAAUUUUAUACCAGUAUUCCAAUCGUACAUCUAAUGAAAGCUAGUGCAGAUUUUAACCACAUGCAUUUUAAAUCUUUUGUACAAAGUAGAUAAGUAAGUUUGUUGGUCUUAUUUUAUUUCAAAAUAAUAACUACCUAGUUAAUAAAAGUGCGAUGUAUUUACUUCGUAAUAUAAAGUAUCGAGCCUUUACCAACUUUUACCAUAAUAUUACCGUAUUUAGUAAAGAUAUUAAAAAAAAUAACAUUUGUGUGGAUAUUGUGUGACAUAAAUACGCAGCGGGGAUAGGUUGCACUAUGUACGUGGAUGCAUGAACAAACUCUGGGUUCUUGUGUCAACUAUGUCAGACAAACUGCACCAAAUAUUGGUCGUAUAGACCUUUGUGCCUUAUUUUAAUUUUCGUUGCUCAAUGUGUUUAGACCUGAUAGUCUGUAUCGUCAUAAUAUUAUAAAAUUGUUUCUGAUGUUCAACCAAAAUAAUGAAUUAAUGUUAAAUUGAAUACUUAUUGCUUGGCUAAAUUUUUAAUCAUAUUUGCAUAACUAAUUUAACGCUUUCAUAUGCGUGUGAUCAUUUAUGAAUAUUAUGCUAAGCUUGGUGCCGUGACCGUUAAUUGUUGUUAACUUUAUUACCAAAGAGGAUUUAUAGAACGAGGGUAAUUGGCGACCCUUCUUCAUAGCUUAGUUAUCGAAAGGUUUUGUAUCUUUUAUAAAAUGCAAACGAUAAGGGAGUUUUGUUAACAAAAGAAAUUGUGAUCGAUCUUAGGCUUAGAUAGGUGAGAAAUAUAUGGUGUUGAGACACAAAAACAAACUGCCAAAUACAUUCAACAAAAUCAAAGCUGUGCGAGUUUCAGAACCGUGUAAAUAUCAUUAUAGCCAUAUUGAGUGUCUUCAUUUUUUUAUAACAAAAUUUUUGAGAAAGUGUAAAGGUCAGGUAUAUUAAAAUUAUGUUUAAAACUUAGUUCCCAAUUGCUUUGCACCAGUGGUUACGUUCAUAUAUAACAAAUUCAAUAAUUUGUAAAAUGUAAAGUUUUAAAACAAUGCAUGCCUAUUGACAAGGAGUAUCAAAAUAAAGAAUAGAUUUAUAAUUUAUAAGAAUCAGUUGAUUUUUGUAUAAUGUUUCUAUGGCAUAUAAUAUCAAAUAUGUAAUGAAUGGCAUUUGACAUUAUAGAAUGCUCUCAAAAAGGGAUUCAUAAAAUAUAAUAAAAUCAAAAUUAAAUUUUUGAAAAUUAA